CAAUAUAUCAAUUGUUCAAUUGUUGAGGUCAACAAUUCAGUCGCAAAUUCGCAAACGAUCCAUCUAGACGUGGGAAAGAGUUUCUAAACGAUUAGAAGAUAAUAAUUUAUAUCAGAUUUAAGUUUGAUCUUGUGAAUCCAAUCUCAAAAAGAAAAUGCACGUUUUGGAGUUUAGAAAUUUGAGGAAUGUGCCUUACAGAUGCGAAUGGUGCGGCAAGACGUUUAAUACUGAAUCAGAGUUACAACAACACAUUAAUAAAGAACAUAAACGCCAGAGUAACGGUGCUGGUUCAGGUGAAACAUCUAAGUACGAAGUGUAUUUGAUGGACGUGUUCGAUGAUGUGGUUUACAAAUGCCGAUAUUGCGGAAUGGAGUUUAAAACGGAAUCAGAUUUAGCAGAUCACAUUAAGGAAUGGCAUACACCCAUAACUAAUGGUGCUGGUUCAGAUGGAUCAUUUAAAUACAAUAAGCACUGGACAACAUGCGGAGAACCUUUUAACGCAGAUCAGAACAUUCCUCUUUCUGACUCCACUUCCUGCGAAAUGUUUUUAAUAUUUGAAAAAUUACGAACAUAUUUCGAAAAAUCUGAAGAAUUAAAGUCAGAAACUAAAACUGAUAAAGAAUGCUUCAAAAUUUUGAGAAAAAGUAAAUAUGAAAAAGAUAUAAAAGAUCAAGGUCCUGAAAACAAACAAAACAACGAAUCAGAUAAAAAGCAAGAUCCAGCACGUCAUCAGAAAUGUUCUCCUGCAAGUGCAGAAAAACAAUUUUCAAUUGAAAAAUUAAAGAUUUGAUAUUGAGAUUGGAAAAUUUUCAAAAUUAAUUAUGAUCAUAAAAUUUGGCUUUUUCUCGCAAAAUUUACAAAGCGAAAAGCAUACGAUAUAAUUAUCUUUGUUGCAUAAAUUUAGUUGAUUUUAAAUGUGAUAGAAACUUUUUCUAAAUUCAAAAUUCUAUAUGUUUAUUAAUGAAAUUUAAUAAAAUAGUU